AGCGUACCCGGCCCUUCCCCCACCUCGCUACCCCCCCGCCCCACGUACCCUGCUCCUCCACCAGUGACUGCUGCCUCCCUAAUGGUCCCCCCCUCCCGACCUUCUACGCUGUGCCCUUCUGACCCCUGCCCUGAUCCCCCCCCCCACACCUCAGCCCACUCCGUGGUCCCCGCAGAGCCCCUGGAGGGUAGAGGGCCAGCCUUGGGGUGUGGUCCGGGCGGAGUCAAGGUGAGGUCACAGCGGGUGGGAGGAAGGAGGCAGGGAGAGCUGUGGGGCCCUUCGUUCUGCGGUCGUUCCUGGCCUUCUCUGUAGGUCCCCAGAGGUCGGCUGUCGGCUGGGGGCACAUACCCCACCCCCCCCACUGGGCUGGAGCCAAGGUGGGAAACCUGGGUGCCGGGAGAGGGGACAGGCAGGGCACUGUAGCUGCUCCAGCCAGUAGCAUGGGGGGGGGGGGAUGGCAGGAGGAGCUGAGGGACCCAGGUCACCCACUAGCCUGAGGCCUGCCCAGCACUGUCUGGCUGGUGGUGGGAAGGUGAGCCCAGCAGAGCCUGACGCUUCCUCCAUCUGCUUGGGGGCCCAGGGAGCCCGGGAGGUGCAGACAAGCAGGCCGAGGGGCUGGACAUGGACAGCCGGAAGCAUUUGGCUAAUGCCUCGCUGGGGAAGAAGUCGGGGCUGCCGCUGCCCCAAGAGCUCGGGCAGCCCCCUCCCCCUGUGAGUGCGACCACGGCUUGGGGCCAGCCCGGGGCCCAGAGCGGAGGGCAACAGGUACUGCAGACUCAGGACUGGGUGUGCCAGCCGGUCGAGAGCGGGCGCCGGAGCCACCGCUGGAGCGUCAGCAUCGACGAGCGCCGGCGACUGGCCGUGCAGGGCGGCCGGGAGAGGCCGGGGACCGCCGGGCCCCCCUCCCACUCCAGGGACCUCUCGCGGCUCGUGGCCCAGCUGGUGUCCGAGGACGUGGACAAGGACGUGCUCCUCCCCCACGCUCCGAGGCCCUCCGAGGCCGCCAACGCCUUCCAAGCCUUCCUGGCCCCGAGCGCGCCCUUCUGGCGGACCGUGACUUUGGAGGCGCAGGUCUCGAGGUCCCCGCCCUCCUAAGAGCCCAGUGUCUCAGCCCAGUGUCUGUCUUUCAGCGCCUUUCCUGGGGGGCACGGGGAGGGGGGUGGCAGCGGCUGAGCUCUCUUCACACCCCACCAGGGGCUCAUGCGUCUUCAGAUGGGAGAACAGGUCCUCCUGGACCCUCUGGCUGC